UGCCUUCUUUACAGUGCAGCUUUCUUUUUUCAUCUUUCUAACUUUGACUGAAGGUAGAAGCCAAACCACUCUGCUACAAGCUUUCGGCGCUCUUUCUUCCUUCUCUCUUUCUCUCCUUCCAGAUUUAGCUACGCUACCUAACCCCAUUCAACUCUUUUUUUUUUUUUUUUAAAUCUUUGUGCCCAUAUAAACACACAAACAAUAGAGUUUAAGACCCUUUUUUAGCAAUUUUAUAUUUUUAUCUAUCCACAUUCCACACCGAGCUUGAAGAACCCCAAAGCAAUCGCUCUUUCUUUUGGCUCUCUGUAUUCUGUCUAUUCACCCAAAUCUAGCGACACCCUUUUGCUCCAUUAAGCUCAGAAGGUUCUUCUUCUUUAUCAGGAACAUCUUUGUAAUCUCAGUUGGGUUUCUGCUCGGAUCCACUUGAAUACAUUAUGGGCGAAUAUCAUAGAAGAAAGUACCGGUUGGUAGUUAUCGUAUGAUACUUGUGGACAUUGACUUGUGCAUCUUCUAUGCUGUCUAUUGUUAUAGAAAAUAUGGGCUUACUUUGCAGCCGGAACCGCCAUUCCAAUGAAGCAGAUGCCAAGGAGAAUGCACAGGCUGAAGAAAUUGAAAGGCGAAUUGAACAAGAAACAAGGGCAGAAAAGCACAUUCAAAAGCUGCUACUCCUUGGUGUGUGGAAAUAAGAUUUUUUUUUUUUUAAAAAAAAAAAAUUUAUUUUUGUUACCUUGAUUGACUGCAUAUCUUAAGUUGUGUGGUUUGCUAGUAUGUGAAAGUUCCAAACUCACAUUUGAUUGAUUAAGGCAGCUCAUAAAGUGCUAGCAUUUUUGGUUUCUUUUGCUUGCCUUGCAUCUUCACAAUUUUAUUUUUAUUUUCAUCUUCUCAUAUCUGUGGUGGUACUCUUGUCAAUUUUGUUUUCUCCCUUUUGAGGUGGCACCACAUCUGAUAUGGAUACCCUUAUUGUUGUUAAGGUGCUGGCGAGUCUGGAAAGUCGACAAUUUUUAAGCAGAUAAAGCUUCUAUUUCAAACUGGCUUUGAUGAGGCAGAGCUAAAGAGCUAUAUCUCAGUCAUCCAUGCCAAUGUCUAUCAGACUAUAAAAGUACUAUUUGAUGGGUUGAAGGAAUUUUCUCAAAAUGAAACAGAUUCUUCAAAAUAUGUUCUUUCCGGUGAAAAUAAGGAAAUUGGAGAGAAACUGUCAGAAAUUGGAGGCAAGUUGGAGUAUCCCCGUCUCACUAAAGAACUUGCACAGGAGAUAGAAACUUUGUGGAAAGAUCCUGCCAUUCAGGAAACUUAUGCCCGUGGUAAUGAACUUCAAGUCCCAGAUUCUGCCCAUUAUUUCAUGGAAAAUUUGCAAAGAUUUUCAGAUGCAAAUUAUAUUCCAACGAAGGUACCAGGAAUCUGUUUUAGGGUUAUUCAAAAAAAAUAAGUACUGGGGUUAUUACUGAAAUUGUGUCAACAUCCCCAGCUCCCCACUUCCGUUUUGAGAUUAUUUAACAUCUUACAUCAGAUUGCCAUUUAACCUCUCAGUGAACUUACUCUCAAAUUUCAAGAAAUGUGUUUCGGAAAUCAAUUCUGUCAACCAGUUUCUUUGUCCUCUUUCGUACUGCAGGAUGAUGUUCUUUUUGCGAGAGUCCGUACAACUGGCGUUGUAGAAAUCCAGUUCAGCCCUGUUGGAGAGAAUAAGAAAAGUGGUGAAGUAUACAGACUCUUUGAUGUUGGAGGCCAGAGAAAUGAGAGAAGGAAAUGGAUCCAUCUUUUUGAAGGUGUUACAGCUGUAAUUUUUUGUGCUGCCAUUAGCGAGUAAGAUGAUCAUUGCCUUGUAAUUAGUUACAGCAUUAUCAUUCCAAAGAAUUUGGAAGUUGAUAUUGGUUUUCAGUAUCAUUACAAGUUUUCCCCUUUGGUGCUCAUUAGACUUCCUCUAGGAGGAAGAGUCUAAGAUUCAACUCCCCUCCCCACAACUAGAACUCUUACCUGGUGAUUUUGAUUUUUCAGUUACGAUCAAACUCUCUUUGAGGAUGAACAAAAGAAUCGGAUGAUGGAGACAAAGGAACUCUUCGAUUGGGUCUUAAAGCAACCAUGUUUUGAGAAAACUUCCUUCAUGCUGUUCCUAAACAAGUUUGAUAUAUUUGAAAAGAAGGUUCUUAAAGUACCGCUGAAUGUAUGCGAGUGGUUCAAAGAUUAUCAGCCAGUUUCAACAGGAAAACAAGAGGUCGAACAUGCAUAUGAGUUUGUGAAGAAGAAAUUUGAAGAGCUUUACUUUGAGAGUAACACCCCUGACCGUGGCCGGAUAUUCAAGAUCUACAGGACAACUGCCCUAGACCAGAAACUUGUGAAGAAAACUUUCAAGCUUGUAGACGAGACCUUAAGGUUAAGACGACGAAAUCAAUACGAAGCUGGCUUAUUGUGACCACAGCAAAACCUUCAUGUUCAUAAAACGAAUAAUGUAUUUGGAUUUUGGACAUUUACAGUCAGUAGGAACACUAAACACCCGAUCUGAUCACUUCUGGCACAUCACAUUUUCUUCACAGGGCCGAAGUUUUGGUUUUCCAUUUGUUGAUCAAUUAUCACACGGUUAAAAAAUCCAUUUUUUUGCACCCCCAUGAAUCUAGUGACUCUUGGUUUCUCCAGACAGUAGAAUCUUUCUCAUCUGAGAACAUGUUUUCUUGAUUGUUUUGGUUCAUUCUGAUUCUAUCAAACAAAC